AUGACAUUCACUAUUGGCAUCAUGAACCUCACGCUCGGGCAAGUGGUUGCGUACCUCUAUGCCUCCCUCUUCGGCGAGCCACCAGCGACACUUUCAAAAACUCGAGUUCAAGCCUCCCAGGAGCUGUACAACUUUACGGCCAAGUUUUCUCGGAUUGCAAACAUCGCCUACUGUGUCAAUGCGCCAGUCACUCCUCUACGAACUGAUUUUACAUGUGGAGAGAGUUGUCGGUAUUUCCCGAACAUGACGUUGGACUCAGUCUUCGGAGGAGACUUCUAUUCCACUUCAAUCACCGGAUACAUAGCUUAUGAUCACCUCAACAAGGAGAAAUAUGUUGUUAUUCGAGGAACAUUCAGCAUUCCAGAUGCUGUUACCGACAUCCAGUUUCAACAGUCUCCGUGGUUGGUCGAGCUUCCUAAGCACCUGAUCCCUACCCAAGACGAUAUGAAACAGAGAUGGGCAGUCCGACCAGACUUGGAAGUGGAGAACAAAGGUCUUGACAACCUCAAAGAGCGGGCUCUGGUGGUUGAAGACCCCCGUCUUAUUCCCAUCAAAACUAGUGAGUGCAAAGGCUGCAUGAUCCAUGAUGGGUUCGCCAAGGCCUUCAACGAAACUAUGGUCAAUGCUGCUCCUCAGUUUGAAAAGUUCCUCACCAACCACACUGACUACAAAAUGUAUGUUACUGGUCACUCGCUGGGCGCUGCUCAAGCUCUUCUUUUCGCAACUCACUUCAAAUUACUUGGACAUGAUCCUACCAUGAUCAACUUUGGCCAGCCGAGAGUAGGAAACUCAGAGUUUGCAAACUACAUCAACCAGCUGUGGUUUAAUGACACAGGCCUUGAAGUAAACGACAAGCGACGAAACUACAGGCUCACCCACUGGAACGAUAUCUUCGUUGGACUGCCAGAUUGGUCCAAUUACACACACGCCAUUGGAGAAGUGUACAUUGACCAAGAAAGCGUCUACCCUGCACUCGACAAAGUGUCUGUCUGUGAAGGAGGAGAAAACGAGGCCUGCCAUCGAGGCACUUUCAAUCUGUGGUCUCGAAUCGACCUGCUCCAAAACCAUCUGGCUUACAUCUACUACAUCGGCUAUUGUGCACUUAACAUUGGUCGGCGAAAUGUCUUAGCCAUGCCCAAAUACCACGGGAACAACUCCUACAAGUAUGCCACUGAACCUGGUUAUACAGGACCCGGUCGUACACUGGUUCCCACCAACUAA